AUGAUGAAGGCACUCCUCUUUGUCCUGCUUUCUCCAGCAUUACCUCUGAACUGCAGAUAUACUUAUAACAAGACUGGAAUGACAAACAAUGGCUAUGGUAAAACAACUUGUGACUCCAAGGAAGAUUCCUGUGUUGCCAGUGUUCUGCGUACAAAUAUAAUAGAACUCCGAGCGCAACUUUUGAAUAAAUGCAUGUCAUCCGACAAUUGUUUCUUAGGCAAUUACAGCUUCACUGCAGGGGAUGGUAAAUUCUUUGAGAUGAAGAAGCACUGCUGCAACACGGAACUGUGUAACAAUGCAACUCUCAGCCUUCCUGAUCACAGCGUGCUGGCUGAAAAUGGCCUGAAGUGCCCAGCCUGCUUCUCCGAAGGAACCACAGAGUGUAAAAGUGAGAAGACCAUCGACUGCCUUGGGAAUGAGACCCAGUGUGUUGUUUUUAAAGGAGCUCUUCAUAUAGAUCCAGCCUUAGAUGGAUACCUCCCUAUCAACAUAGUUUUGAGGAAUAAUGCUGUUUGGAGACAAGACAAAUUUGCCAAAUCCCUCCUUUCUGAAAAGAAGAGGCUUUUGCUAGGCUCCACCAUUUCACGUUCCAAGGUUGUGGAACAACAGAUUUUUGUGCCAUCCCGGAAAACAGAAGAACACUUGGAUCUGGGGAAUUUGGCCUUUUUAUUACCCAAAAAAGAUGUUAUACUGCUUCAGGAAUCUUACACCAGCCUGAACAUGAAGGGGAAUCCGGCGAUAGCAUCCUUCAACUAUGACAGACUUCAGACACUGGAGUCACAGCUGUAA